AUGUUUGGGAGCGUGGGGACAUCGGCGAAUCCUUUAUAUGUAAAAUGCUUAUAUUGCAGUUUCUGGGAUAUAGUAACCGGCUUGAAAUGGGUAGGUUACCUCAAACCUAAAGUCCGGGAAGUUAUUCUAGAAAGUCCCACGAUUCAAUUCUACGAGAAACUUAACUUAUUUUGCACAUUGCCCGAUGACAAAAUGUUGAAAUACACCCCGAUUAUAAACGCUAAACUGGCCGAUACUAAGAAACUACGCGACCGUUACCUUGGAUACCUAGAAGAUGCUGCGACACAGUCGAAAAUUAACAUGGGCGAAGUACUGGCAUUGAACUACAUAAUAUGA